AUGUACUCCACUCUCCUUUCCGUCGCUCUCUUCUCCACCCUCGCCAUCAGGGGAGCUCUUGCCGAUUUCAACGUCGACACCCCUACCGUUGUUGCAUGCCAGGAUGUCCAGCUCAAGUGGGACUCUGACGGCUCCAAGUCGUACGACGUCGCCAUCGUGCCCGCCGACGAGCCCUGCGGCACCGUUCUUGUGGAUCUCGGUGACCACACCAUAAACCACAUCACCUGGAAGAACGUUACUCUCAAGCCCGACACCACCGUCAUGAUCUCUGUCCUUUCCGACAACGAUGAGGGCUGGAGUGGCCACGUCACCGUCAAAGCGGGCAAUGACACUUCGUGCCUUGGUACCACCGUCGCGUCCUCCGCCGCGGCUGUGUCUACCCAGAAGACUACCCUCGUCGCGAAUGCUGCCAGCGCUGUCACCUCCGCUUCCUCUGCUCCCUCGGCACCCAAGACGUCGGAUGGUGCAGAGGCCGUCGGCGCUGCCGCCGCUGGUCUCGGCAACGGCGCCAUGUCGGUUGGCUUCUCGAUGGGCGCGGUUGCGCUCAGCGCGUUCGCCGGUAUCGCCGCCUUGGCCUUCUAA